GCUGUCGGCUGAGCUGACGUCAGGAGGAGUGGCGCAGGCGCGGCUCAGAGGUGCCGAGCUGAGAGAGCUGGGGCGCUGUUCUGGGGCGCUGGGCUGGGGCCAUGUCAGGUAAUGGACCAGCGGAAGAGGAGGAAGCGGGAACUGACAUGGACCGCGCUGGCGCAGUGGGCUGGCAAGAGGAUAGCCCAGGCAGCAAGAGUUGAUCUUAAUGAAGCUUAAUGAUAAUGAUAUUGUUGACUCGCCACUGCUGAAAAUCUCAAAGCGUAUCAUAAAGACAGAAGUCCGCAACAAAAAAUACCGACAGAAAAAAUCAGAGCACUGAGCAAUGGAAUUCCCAAAUCAAAGAAACCACCAUCACCGUCUUCAUGAUCAGAGGGACAAUGAAGAAAGACAGAGUUACCCGCCACCGGGAACUACGCUGUCUCCCUUUGAUCCACCGCCACCUCCUCCAAGGCCUUACCACUAUGGAGAGGAUCAACCUCCACCCCCUCCAAGACCUUACUACUAUGGAGAGGAUCAACCUCCAUCUCCUCCAAGACCUUACAACUAUGGAGAGGAUCAACAUCCACGACCACCACCUUCCUGCUACAGAGAAGAUCAACCACCACCAAAUUCAUACCACCAAGCAGAUAGACCACCACCGAUCCGUGUGAGCCAUGUGUCCCACUCUUCCCAUGGUUAUGCACCUCCAAGUCCACCCUCCCAAUCCCAAGGGUUUCUCCACCACCAACCACCAGCGCCACCAGUACAGAAUUACGACUACCCAUCGUCACAAGCUACUCCAAGCCCACGGCCUGUUACCGUGCACCAUGUUGCUCAUCAAGUUCACCAUGAAUCCCCUGCUCCUCAGUUUGGAACUGAAACCCAUCACACCUUUCACUUGCCCUCUUCCUCUCCCCACAACUCUUACCUCUCUAACAAGCCCGCUUUCAGAAUCUUCUCAAAGGCCGACCCCAAUUUAUCUCUCACCAUCAGAGAGGGCAAGGUCAUUCUUGCCCGAUACCAACCAACCGAUGACUUCCAGCGGUGGUAUAAAGACGAGAAGUACAGCACACAAGUGAAGGACGAAGAGCGCUUCCCUUCCUUUGCUCUCAUCAACAAAGCCACUGGCCGCGCCCUCAAGCAUUCCAUCGGAGCCACUCAGCCUGUGCAGCUGAGACCUUAUAAUCCAGAUGUUCUUGAUGAGUCUAUGCUGUGGACCGAGAGUGCGGACUUAGGUGACGGUUUCAGAACUGUUAGGAUGGUUAAUAACAUUCACCUUAAUUUGGAUGCUUUUCAUGGUGACAAGAAAUCUGGGGGUGUUCAUGAUGGCACUACCAUAGUCCUGUGGAAUAAAAAUAAAGGAGAUAACCAGAGAUGGAAGAUUGUACCUCACUGAUCCUUUUGCAGUAAUGCUGCCAUGAGUUAUUACAGCAUCGCGUGCUUAAAAAGGUAUUAAGUUUGGAAGACUCCUCCUAGUUCUCAUGGUGAGGGAUUUGAGUUUGAUGUUUAUGAUGUGUGAAACUAUUGAUGUAUGAUUAAGUGUCAACUACUACAACUGUGGCUCAUACGUAGCGAAAACAAAGAGUUGAUUAUGUAUUAUAAUCUAUCAAAAUAAUUAUCCACUGUUUUUGAACAACUUGUUGCAAUGCCUAAAUUUUUUCGCUGUCA